AUGGUAGACCCAGGGAAGAUUGAAGCAGUAAAGAAUUGGCCUAGACCGAAAAUAGUUACUGAGAUACGAAGUUUCUUAGGUUUAGCGAGCUACUAUCGACGUUUUGUAGAAGGAUUCUCCAAGAUUGCAAUGUCGUUGUCUGAGUUAACCAGAAAUAAUCAGCGGUUUGUAUUGUCAGAUAAGUGUGAGAAAAGUUUCCAAGAAUUGAAACAACGGUUGAUUACAGCUCCAGUUUUAGCCUUGCCAUCUGAUCAAGAAAAGUUUGUGGUGUAUUGUGAUGCAUCUAGGCAAGAUGCCUUGAGUCAAAAAGGGCCUGAUCAAGCGUUCAAUAUGGUAAUGAUUUCUCCCCAGUUAGGCUUGGAUAUGUCUAGGGAAAACAUUGAGUUUGUGAUUGGAAAAUUGCAUAACCUGACACUUCAAUCAGACUUGUUGGAAAGGAUUAGAAUGGCACAACUAGAAGACCCUGAACUGAUUAAAGCUCGAGAAGAUGUCUUAGCAGGCAAAGCUAAGGACUUUUCGGGAACCACCCAGAUGUUUAAAGAUCUAAAGCCCUAUUUCUGGUGGUACGGGAUGAAAAGGGACGUGGUGGAUUAUGUGACUAAAUGCUUAACCUACCAACAAAUUAAAGCAGAACAUCAGCGACUAGCAGGAUUACUUCAACCAUUAUCACUUCCUGAAUGGAAGUGGGAAGACAAUGCGAUAGAUUUUGUGGUUGGAUUGCCCAGGACCACAGGAAUGUACGACUCAGGAAUGUACGACCAAAGAUACCCUAAAUUUACAUCAAAGUUUUGGGUGAGUUUACAGAAGGCCAUGGGUACUAGUUUGAAGUUCAGCACGACCUUUCAUCCUCAAACAGAUGGGAAAUCCGAACGAACUAUUCAGAUACUUGAAGACUUGUUACGAGCUUGUGUCAUGGAUUUUAAAGGUUCAUGGAGCAAGUAUCUGCCUCUGAUUGAAUUCUCUUACAAUAACAGUUAUCAAAUUACCAUAGGAAUGGCUCCCUACGAGCUACUCUAUGGCAAGAAAUGUCGCUCCCCAAUUCAUUGGGACAAAAUGGGAGAACGAAAGUAUUUAGGCCCUAAGUUAGUCCAAAAGACAAAUGAGGCAAUUGAUAAGAUUAAAGCUCGAAUGUUUGCUUCGCAGAGCAGACAAUAA